GUAUUUGGAAGAUCACCAGAGCAGCAACAGACAUCAAACGUGUUUCGUGCGUUGAUAUUGUUUCAGGAUCUGAUGAUCCUGAUUUAAGACUUUCAGUUAAAACACAGUAUGAUAUUAAAUGGGAUCCUGAUUUAGACGAAUUCGUGAAGAAACUGCAAGAUAAACCUAAAAUUAGAAAUUGGAAUGGACAAUGGUUUAGUUGCAAUGAUUUCUCUGAUAUUAGAUGUGAAUGCGUCACUAUUGAAACAACUUGUCAUGAUAACAAGGGCAAGAUUAAAAAUGAAGAUUCUAUUAGCGUGAAACAUCUAUCAUGGCGAACAAAUGAAAAUUUUAACUUUCAUAGCACUGUUUCUGAAACUUUUGAUUUCGCCAAAGAAAUAAUUAGCUUUGUUAGAUGA